AUGAACCCUCCCGCACGCCUCAGCAAUGAAUACACCACCCCCUCUGCGGAGCCCAUGAGCCGCACCGACAGCGGCUUCGGGGACUAUCAAAAGGCCGCCUCGCGUUCUGAAACCGCCGCCGACACCCCCCGCGAUGCCUCCCCGACAGCCAACGAAGCGAGCGGCGGCGGCACGCCUAGCCACCGGCCCAGCCCGCUAAGCCAUCACCAGUCCGCAAUCUCGGCUCCCACCACGCCAGAACGCCCGGCGCUGAGGAAACGGCGCUCCAGGCCGAGCUCCAAACACUCGGCCAGGUCCAGCAGCCGCACCUCGAGCCUCUACCCGCGCCCUUCUCUCGCCGGCAGAGUGCGCAGCUUCCCCGUCGAACUCGCCAUGCACCACCGCAGCGACCUCGACUCGGUGCUCGCCCUGCACUCGCGCAGCUGCAGCAUCUUCAAUUCCCUGUCUGCUCCCACCAGCGCCCCCCAGUCGCCCGGCCUCUCCUCCGUGGGCCGCCCCAGCACCGACAUGUCCCGCCACUCUCUCCAGGUCGACAGGAACAGCCUCGGCUCCGUUGCCCACCAGGACCCCGCCCACUUCUACCCGAUGCCCUCUCCGGCCCUGUCCAACUUCUCCUCGUUCGCCGAGGAGGACGCCGCGGCCGAGGUGGCGACUCCGGCCGUGCCACCGCCCACGGUCGUGCACUGGAACUCGCCCAGCACGCGGCGGAGGGAGUACGCCGAGAUCGACCGGUCGACCAGGGGAUUCCGUGGCUUCAUGCGGCGCGUCACGCCCCGCUGGCUGUCGCGCCGGCCGCCGCGGCAGGCCUUCUACGACGGCGACAAGGAAGACGACGACGCGUGCAGCGUGCGGCGCUAUCGCAUCCACGUGCCCGACGAGGACGAGCACGAGGCCGAGGCCGGGGACGCGUUCGAAGAGAAGCACCGGCCCAUGUCGGCGCCGACGGCCAGGAAGGCCAGGUUCUGGAAGAGCCAGUAA